GCAGGUCCCAGAAUCCGACGGGGAACAAGGGCGGAGUUUCACUAAGUGCACAGAGGAGGGGAAGCAGGAAAGAGGAAUUAGUUUAUAUUGUAGCGGCUAGUCAUUUGCUUUGAUGUAUGUAAAUAUAUAUAUGAAAUGCUUUUUCUUUUUUUUCUCUAGAAGAUAACAGUUGUCACAACUGUAAUAGGAGUCUUUAAAUACAAAUCGAAAUGUAGAAAUCGACAUUUUGUUUGGCGAGAGACCGCGGUCAAUGAGUUAAACGAGACACUUCGUUUACUUUAAAAUCUACAAACAGAAUAUACGUAUAUAAUAUUAUAACAUAUUUUCUGUGCCAUUCUAUUUUGUUUUAAUUGUUUUAAAUUAAGCUCGACAGCGGUGUCAUACGAUAUGAUUAGAACGAGUAAUAAUCUUAUUUUACGCUUCGUACCAGUAGAAAGCGCGAAUAAUGACAGCGGUGACCACGGUGACAGCGAUGCACCUGCAGUCAAACUUUGACGAGUCUGGAAAACAAACAAGGAACGCACUCGUUUAGGUUAGUCUUAUGAUUGUCCGGUUGUUGUAGUCAGGUUUUGUUUUCUGCGUGUUUUGUUUUGCACACACUGUAUUAACUCACGACCCAUCCGUUGCGUGUUUGUGCGAGGGACCCAUUUCUUGAACUGUGCAUGUUUUUAAUUCCCAAGUCGUCUGAAAAUGUGGACCGUAUCGCCACCCCUUUUCCCCCUGCUCAUAAGCUUCUGUAGCUCGGCCCUGGGCUUUCUAGCGACUCUGAAGCUGAUCCCAGCCUUCAAGGAGCAUUUCAUAUCAGCCAGACUCUCCGGCGUGGAUCUAAACAAAACCACAAAGAAGGAAAUCCCCGAGUCCCAGGGAGUGAUCAGCGGAGCUGUGUUCCUCAUCAUCCUCUUCUGCUUCAUCCCUGUGCCCUUCCUCAGCUGCUUCGUGGAGGAGCAGUGCAAGCUCUUCCCUCAUGACGAGUUUGUGCAGCUGAUUGGCGCCCUCUUGGCGAUCUGCUGCAUGAUCUUCCUGGGCUUCGCGGACGACGUGCUCAACCUGCGCUGGAGGCACAAGCUGCUGCUGCCCACCAUGGCCUCCCUGCCCCUGCUCAUGGUCUACUUCACCAACUUCGGCAACACCACCAUCGUGGUGCCCAAGCCCUUCCGAGCUCUGCUGGGACUGCACCUCGACCUGGGUAUCCUGUACUAUGUGUACAUGGGCAUGCUGGCUGUGUUCUGCACCAACGCUAUCAAUAUCCUGGCCGGGAUCAAUGGGAUCGAGUCGGGCCAGGCGCUCCUCAUAUCCGCCUCCAUCAUCCUCUUCAACCUGCUGGAGCUCAACGGUGAUUACAAGGCCGACCACACUUUCUCUCUCUACUUCAUGAUCCCUUUCUUCUUCACCACUCUGGGGCUGUUCUACCACAACUGGUACCCCUCCUCUGUGUUCGUGGGAGAUACCUUCUGUUACUUUGCAGGGAUGACCUUUGCCGUGGUGGGGAUCCUGGGCCACUUCAGCAAGACCAUGCUGCUGUUCUUCAUCCCUCAGGUGCUGAACUUCCUGUAUUCCCUGCCUCAGCUCUUCCAUGUGGUGCCCUGCCCCCGGCAUCGCCUCCCCAGGCUGGAUCCUGCUACAGGGAAGCUGGGGAUGAGCUACUCCAAGUUUAAGAGCAGGGAUCUGUCCAAGCUGGGAGAGCUGCUACUGAAGGUGGCGUCAGCGCUGCGCGUGGUUGAGGUGCGCCGAGGGCUGGAGGAGGACGGGGAGUUCAUGGAGUGCAACAACCUGACGCUCAUCAACUUCGUGCUGAAGCUGAUCGGACCCACUCACGAGAGGACUCUCACUGUCAUCAUGCUGCUGAUCCAGGUGCUGGGCAGUGCCGUGGCUUUUGGGAUUCGCUACCACCUGGUCAGGCUGUUCUACGACGUUUAACGAAACUCGAAACCCACGGAAAUUUAAAUUCCUGAUUAUGUCUGCACUUAUCUUUUUUUUUUUUUUUUGAUUGAGAGGUGCAGUGUCCCUGUGAGUUUCACACCCUGGUUUAAAUAGGGAAUCCCUGCAAAGAAUCUCUUGUCACCCAGUUACUGAAGAUUGGCUGAUCCCAGUGAAACCAAUAGGAAUGGAAACCAGUGACUCUCAGAUCCCAGUUCUCCACUUCAAGACCUCAGAAUUCAGAAUGGACUGGGGUUUUUUUCCCAGGAGAGAAGGGGGGCUCUGAUUUUACUGCUUGCUGUGUACAGAACAUUUGGAGAUAGUUAUAGAGAAGAAUCUGCUCUGUUCUUGUGGACCUCAAUGAAGACUAGUACAUACUGUGAACACGAUUUAUAUAGAGAGAGAUAUAGAUAUAGAUAUAGAUAUCUCAAAUAAUAAUGUGUUUUAACAAGGUUUCAUCGUGGAUGCUGUGUAGAUUCACAAGCUUUAGCUGUGUGUUCCACGUUCUGAGGAGUCACACAGUGCCGUUUCUCUUUGUAAAGUGAUUAAGGGCAUGUUACCUAGUAUGUGCUACAUGGCAAUAAAACACAGGAAUACCGUGA